AUGAAUAGCGCACCCCAGCCAGUAGAUUUCCCUUUCCCCGCGCAGCCCCCUGAAGCUGUUGGCGGAGCGGAAAACUACCCCGCGCAACCUUUCGCGCAGCCUUUUGCGGAUCCUUUGGCGCAGCCGCAGAUGGCGGAGAGGGAGGCGGAGCCCUCCGCCGACCGAGACUCCGCGGGCGCAGUUUCCGCUCCCGCCGCCACUGCCCCGCAGCCCCACCACCCUCUCCAGCAACCACCGGCGCAAGGCGCCGCGCUGCAAUCCUCCACGCUGCCGCACGACGCGCAAGCCGCGCAGGUGGGCGGCGGCGGCUCCCGCGAGGGCUCCCGCGAGCGGGAGGCGGAAGGCGAGGCGCUGUCGGUGCGGUUCAACCAGGACUUCACGUGCUUCGCGUGCGGGACGCGCGGCGGCUUCCGCGUGUUCUGCUGCGACCCACUGUGGGAGACGAUUCGGCGCGACUUCGACGGGCGCGGCGUGGGCAUGGUGGAGAUGCUGUUUCGCUGCAACUUCCUCGCGUUCGUAGGCGGCGGUCCCAACCCGUGCUACCCGCCUAACAAGGCCAUGAUCUGGGACGACUCUCACAGCCGGUGCAUCGGGGAGCUCACCUUCCGCAGCGAAGUGAGGGGCGUGCGGCUGAGGAGGGACCGCAUCGUGGUGGUGCUGGAGCAUAAGGUCUACGUCUAUAACUUUGCAGAUCUGAAGCUGCUGCACCAGGUGGAGACGCUGUCCAACCCCAGAGGGCUGUGCGAGGUGUCCCAGUCGCCCAACAGUUUCGUUAUGGCGUGCCCUGGCAAGCACCGGCAGCAGAUCCGCAUUGAGCUAUUCGACCAGCGCCGCACACACUUCAUAGCGGCGCACGACUCGGAGCCCGCCUGCAUCGCUCUCUCGCUGGACGGGCAGCGCCUUGCCACGGCGAGCAGCAAGGGGACGCUCAUCCGCGUGUUCAACACGGCUGAUGGGAGCAAGCUGCACGAGUUGCGCCGGGGAGUGGAGAGAGCAGACAUCUACAGCCUCGUCUUCUCCCCCAAGGCGCCCUUCCUAGUAGCAGCAAGCGUCCUCCCCAAGUACUUCAGUGACGAGCGCUCGCUAGCCUUCUACCGGGUGGGAGUGCACACGCGCAUGCUCGCUGCCUUUGGUGCCGAGGCCAACACCGUCAUCGUCGUUGGCAGCACUGGCGCGUACGUUGGCCCAUGCGUGUGCUCUCAUGUGUGUGCUCUCAUGUGUGUGCUCUCAUGCAUGUGCUCUCAUGCAUGUGCUCUCAUGUGUGUGCUCUCAUGUGUGUGCUCUCAUGCGUGUGCUCUCAUGCGUGUGCUCUCAUGCGUGUGCUCUCAUGCGUGUGCUCUCAUGCGUGUGCUCUCAUGCGUGUGCUCUCAUGUGUGUGCUCUCAUGCGUGUGCUCUCAUGCGUGUGCUCUCAUGCGUGUGCUCUCAUGUGUGUGCUCUCAUGCGUGUGCUCUCAUGUGUGCGCCCAUAUGUGUUUGCUCAUGCGUGGCUGCAUAGGUACUAAGACUACUUCUGUCUGUAUGCGCUUAAUCCGCGAUUCCGGCGGGCUGAUGGCGCCGAGCAAUGCGGUUCUCGCGAUUCUCGUGCUCGUGUUCGCCGCAGCGGCAGCGGCGCGCGCGAUGGACCUGCACCGUGAGGCGCGCAUGGAGGAGUUGAAGGCGUCGAUCAGAGAUCGACGGCCGUCGUUCAUCUUCGUCAAGCUCCGUCAAGACUCGGGUUCUCGCACGCUGGAGGACGUGCAGCAGCUGGCGACGAGGUGGCAGGCGGGCAUGACGGAGGGGAAGAUUGCCGCCAACGUGUAUCCGCUGGAUUCGGACACUCUCCACAUCGCACUGCUCACCACCGCCGCUGCCAGCAAGGUGAAGGAGUUUGUGCUGGAGCAGGAGGAGGCGUACGAGCUGCUGGUGGGUGACGAGGUCGUGCGGCGGCCUGGUGACCCGCCACUGGAAUCCCUGGUGCACCGCGACGUGUGGAAGCGGGAGCGCAUGCGGCAGGAAAUGAUGAGGGAGCGCGAGAAGCUGCACCUGGACAGGAUGGGGGGGGAUGGGGGGAUGACGGACCACCACCGGCAGAGAAUUAAGGAGCAGCUGAGGGCGCGGCAUGUGGAUAGGCUGGAGAGGAAGAGGAAGAUGCGGGAGGAGUGGCUGGAGAACCAUGCAGAUGAUGACCUGUAA